UGUUUAAACUGUAAGAUUCCGUAGACAGAGAUCCUAGCCCUUCUCAAACGGCCCCUAAGUAGGUUGAGCUGUCUGUCGCCGUCACAACAAAUUUAAAAAAGGGGCCGUCUUUGUACUCUGAAUAUGAAGCACCUAAAGUAGGGCCUAUAAGAUUAAGUAGAUGGGGUGGUUCUUGACCAUUCUUGCAUUAAAAAUUUUUCUUCCCUGUGAGACUCAGACAGAUAGAUCACUUGACCAACUAUCGUAUCACAUCCGCCUCAGCUCGUCCCCUGAUGGUCUGUGAGCCAUUCUACAAGCCAAACAUAUCCCUCAAAUUCUAUAUCUAUAUCAAUACAGAGAGAGACAUGGCCAUUGCCAUCUCAUCUUAUCCUUAUCCAACACAGAAAGAAGAAAGAAGAUUCCUGGCUCGAAAUGGCAAUAGAGGAGGAUAAACAAGAAGCAGUAUUAGAAGCUCAAGCUCCUCUUCAUGGAGAUGUCUUGGAGUCCAUCCUGUCUCACCUUCCCCUCAUCAACCUCGUACCCGCCUCUCGCGUGUCCAAGGCAUGGCGACGCGCUGUAGCCUCUUCCCUCUGCAACUCACCACGUGCCAAGCCUUGGCUCUUUCUCUACAUCCAGAGCCGUCGCAACCCAUCCUUGAUAACUACCCACGCCUACGAUCCCAAUUCCCAGCUUUGGAUGGACGUCACUACGCACACCUCCGACGACAACCACGUCUUCCCGCUCCGGUGUUCCCACCUCAAUCUCCUCUACGUUCUCUCUUCCUCCAAGUUCGCCUUCUCAUUUGACCCCCUCAAUGUAACUUGGCACAACCCUGACCCUCCGCUCGUUUGGCGAUUGGAUCCCGUCGUUGCAAUCAUUGGGUCCCGCGUCGUCGUCGCUGGUGGCACCGCCGAAUUUGAAGACGACCCGCUUGCGGUGGAGAUGUACGACCUUACUUCGCGGAGAUGGGAGAUGUGCCAAUCGAUGCCGGCGAUUUUGAAAGGCUCGGCGGCCACCACGUGGCUCUCCGUCGCCGUCUCCAACGAGAGACUCUUGGUGCUGGAGAAAGCUUCCGGCGCCGUUUGCAUGUUUGAUCCGGAGACGAGUACGUGGGAAGGUCCGUUCGAUUUACGCCACCCGGGACCAUCCGUGUUUUACUCCGUGAUCGCCAGCUGUUCGGAGGAUCAUGUGGUUCUGGUCGGGCUGAUGGGUGAAGCUACUGGUACUGACAACAUCGUCCAAGGCAUUGGGCUAUGGGAACUGGACUGCGAGAGCGAGACGUUUGACUGCAAAGUCAUCGGAAGGAUGCCAGGAGAAAUGGUUGAGAAGUUGGUGAAUGCCGAUUGUUCACCUCUGUCGUCGAUCGGGGUAUCGACGGCGGGGAACUUGAUUUAUAUCUAUAAUCCAUCGAACCCUGAAGCAAUAAUGUUCUGCGAAUUCACUAACGGCGUGGCGCGUGGGUGGGGCCAUAUUCACAACUCGAUCGUGGAUGAUAGGAAUCGGAUGGAGAGAUUCGAGUUGACAUGCUCAAGAGUAGGAAUUGAUGACCUACAGAGGGCAUUGACGUCGGGGAAUCGGAGAAUUACCGUUAAGUAUGCCGGAAAUUGAUAUCGUUUGGUCGUCGUUACUGCUGUCACUUGCCGUUUGGGAGGAGAAUAAUUUUAAGUCAGAGGACUGGUUGGUUUGAUUGGAUUUUUAAGUUACGAAAGCACCGCAAUUAUUAAGUGGUGAAUGAAGAAGAUAUUUCGAUGUGCGGCUGCAAGGUUGUGAGGUUGGUGUAGUGUAAGGCGCGCUUUACGAAGGUCAAAUCUAUACUCUUGCUAAUCGGUCGUUUCGUUGGGACUUGGCAAAGAAGGUAAACGACCAAUGAAUCUUCCACGUGGCAAGUAAUAAAUCAGUAUUAUUGGGGGAGUUUAGGAAAAGUAAUUCCAGUCUCCUUUGAAUAUUUUGCAAUAUUUAAUAAACACAUAUUUUAUCUCUGCCAUGGAUUAUAUUCACUGUAAUUGUAUCCAUCCAUCUAUUAACAUCAUACCCAUUUCCAGAGUGGCA